AAAAGGGCCCCAAAGCACAAACUCUGCUCCGAGCCCUCGGUGCCUCUUCUGAGCCCUUAAUGGGCUCCUGUCCCCUGCAAACACUUCAGCUGCCUUUGACCUGCUUCCACCCCACAGAGCUCAGGGAACGUCAGCCCUGGCCCCUGAAGCUUCUCUGCAAGGAUGGGGAAAGGAAGCCAAAGGCCAAAUUCUUCAAGCCAAGAGGAACCACUGAACAUCUGCAGUGAUCCAGAGAAAGAGUCCAAAUGUGGGUCCUACAGAACCGAGUCAGGGCGGAGAAGAUCCCCCAGGGUGCAUGUUCUCCUCGCUCUGAGUGUGUUCCUUGGAAUCCUCACCUUGAGCCUGGCUGGAGCAGUGACUGUUCUCGGUGUCAGACCCCGGUUCUCUGAGCUGGAAUUCUCCCACGUGUGCCCAGACACCUGGCCUGGUUUCCAAGGAAAAUGUUAUUAUUUUUCUGAGGCUGAGGGCAACUGGACCACGGGCCGGGAAAGGUGUGAGGCCCUGGGAGCUUCCCUGGCCACCAUAAGCACCAGGGAGGAACUGCGCUUCCUUCUGCGCUAUAAAGGCGAAGCAAACCACUGGAUCGGGCUGGGAAUGAGGGAUAACGGCUGGGAGUGGAUCAAUGGCACGGCCUUGAACGGCAGGUUUGAGGUGAGGGGUGGGGGGCCCUGUGGGUACCUGAACCAGGGCAGGAUCAGCUCGUCCCUGUGUCACACGGAGAAGAACUGGAUCUGCAGCCGCCCCGACAACUUCGUCCUGUGGGAGGGGAAAUUAAGAGACCCCAAACCAGGACUUUCAACCUAAAUCUCCGGCCAGAUGUGGGAGCUUCACCCCAGCACUGCAAUUGGAACUGCUGGGGGAACAUCUCAGUUGUCUGGCUGUGAAAUUUUCGCUGAAUAUCUCAAAAAUACCUUGUAUUGGAAGGGACCUGACAAGGAUCGUCAAGUCCAACCCUCAGCCCUGCCCAGGCCCAUCCCCAGGAGUCACCCCCUGUGCCCCAGAGGAUCAUCCAAACCCUCCUGGAGCUCUGGUAGCCUUGGGGCUGUGCCCACUACCCUGGGGAGCCUGGGCAGUGCCCCCCAAACAGCCUCUGGGGGAAAAAUCUUUUCCUGAGACCCAACCUGACCCUACCCUGGCACCUCUCCAGCCAUUCCCUGGGGUCGGCAUCCAGAGGGACCUUGAAAAGUCCUCCAGCAAAUCCUUGGACACUGUCUCCCAGGGAACAUUCCUGGAAAAGCUGCAGCCCAUGGCUUGGACAGGGCCUUCUGUGCUGGGUUAGGAACUGGCUGGAAUGUCCAGGCCUAGAGAGUGGUGGGAAUGGAGCUACAUCCAGAUGGCUGAAUGACAGGCUGAAGGAAUGUCAACAAACUGAUUUCCGUCCCGUUGGAAAGGGAUGAAAAAAACUGGAGAAGGAAGUUUGGGAGAAUGGUGGAUUUAGAUGGGUUUGGAAUGUUUUAAAGUAUAUAUAAAAAAAAAUAAAAAAAACAACCAACCGCAUCAGUUCCCAGUCGUUCCCCCCCCAACUUGAAACGAAACAAACCCAGAGACACCAGCAACAAAUUAUCCCCAGCCAACCAAAAUAUUAAACACCGAAGGACAGAAAACACUCCAAACCACUCAAACUCCAGCAGGACCCAGCUUCCUCCAGCACUCCAUGUGCCCAUGGCUGCCCAUAGCUGUGUGGGGAAGCUAUGUCCAGUUCUGCAGCACAGUCCAGUUCCAAAUAUAGCACAUACUUAAAUUAGAAUCAUAGAAUCAUAGAAUCAGAUGGGUUGGAAAGGACCUCUGAGAUCAUCGAGUCCAACCCUUGAUCCACUCCCACCACAGUUGCUAGACCAUGGCACUGAUGCCACAUCCAGUCUCAUCUUAAAAACCUCCAGGGACGGAGAAUCCACCACUUCCCUGGGUAGCCCAUUCCAAUGGCUGAGCACCCUCUCUGGAAAGAAUUUCUUCCUAAUAUCCAACCUAAAUCUCCCCUGGCACAGCUGAAGACCGAGCCCUCUUGUCCUACUGUUGAUUACCUGGGAGAAGAGACCAACCCCCACCUGCCUACAACCUCCUCUCAGGUAGUUGUAGAGAGCAAGGAGGUCUCCCCUGAGCCUUCUCUUCUCAAGGCUAAACAGCCCCAGCUCCCUCAGCCUCUCCUCACAGCACUUGUGCUCCAGUCCCUUCCCCAACCUCCUUGCUCUUCUCUGCACCUGCUCCAGCACCUCAACAUCUUUCCUGAACUGAGGGGCCCAGAACUGGACACAGCACUCCAGGUGAGGCCUCACCAGCGCUGAGUACAGGGGCAGAAUCACUUCCCUGGCCCUGUUGGCCACACUGUUCCUGAUGCAGGCCAGGAUGCCGUUGGCCUUCUUGGCCACCUGGGCACAUUCUGGCUCCUGUUCAGCUUCCUGUCAACCCAAACCCCCGGGUCCCUUUCUGCCUGGCUGCUCUCCAGCCACUCUGUGCCCAGCCUGUAGUGCUGCAUGGGGUUGUUGUGGCCAAAGGGCAGGACCCGGCACUUGGCCUUGUUGAACCUCAUCCCGUUGGAAUCAGCCCAUCUCUCCAGUCUAUCCAGGUCCCUCUGCAGAGCCCUCCUGCCUUCCAGCAGGUCGACACUCCCUCCCAACUUGGUGUCAUCUGCGAAUUUGCUGAUGAUGGACUCAAUCCCCUCAUCUAAAUCAUCGAUAAAGAUGUUAAAAAGGACUGAGCCCAGCACUGACCCCUGGGGAACACCACUGGUGACCGGCCGCCAGCUGGAUGCAGCCCCGUUUACCAGCACUCUCUGGGCCCGGCCCUCCAGCCAUAGCAAAGUUAUGAGAACAUGUUUUCACAGCAUAAUAAGAGGGAUUUUUUUUUAUACUCAGCAAAGAAAACUCAUUUAAAGGCUUUUAUUGCUGUCACUCUUCUAUUGACCUCAAGUACAGACUUUGCUCCUUUCCUUUGGUUGCAAAGGUAAGCAGGGAUGGAGCCGCUUGGCUUAUUAUAUUAUCUAUAGUAACGUAAAAGCAUAAAAUUAACACUUAAGUGUAGGGAACUGAGAUUAUAUUAAUCUGAUUCAAGCCCUGUCAGGGAUAAGAUAAAUGCAGAUGUGGUGAUAAAUCCGUGUGUGAGUGAAAUCGCUUGGGAGUAUUGUUCUUAUGGGCAGAGAAUGUGUAACUAAAAAGUUACACUGUGCUUUUUAGCAAGUCAGCUUGAUAUCUCCUGAGAGGAAGAUUGUGUGGGCAGGGGUUGCAUGCCUUUAGUAUUCCUUUAAUACCCUUUUAGUAGCAUCCAUAGUAUUUUCCCUUUAAUUUCCCCUUUUAUGAACCAAUAUCGUGUUAAUAGUUAUCCAUAAUAUUGUGUUAAGAUCCUUUUUGGUAUCCCUUUAACUCCCUUUUUACUAGUUAAUAUCAUGUUACAAAUGCUACUCGUAGUAUUUGCUUUAAUGCCACUCAAUAAGGUAGUUAUUUUGUAUCCUUUUUUGACUUUUGAUUCGCUUUGCUCAGUUUAUUAUUAUUAUUACUACUGUUCUCACCGUAAUAAAGAUAUUUUGUGUGUUUGAA